UAAAAGGAAAAAGAAAUUAGAAAUUAUCAAGUUUCCGCCGCUGCUCUCACCCACACGGCCGCACCGAUCCUAAAUUCUUAACCGACGAUUUUCCCUCGGCUUUCUCUCUCUUGUGCGUUCAUCUUCCUGCAAUUUCCUUUGGUAUUUCUAAAUCCAAUUGGGGUUUUGUUCUGUUUUUCUUCCCCCAAUCGCUUUUCGUUUGACCAAAAUUCCAUAUCUGGCUACUCUCUUUUCAGUUUCCAUACGCGAUCUGCAUUUUUGGAAUUUUCGACUUCGAAGAAAAGCCACCUGGGGUUGAAUCUAUUAGAGAUUUCUGUGUCGAUUUCUUCUUGUUUCAUGAGGGUCUGAUCUUUGGUGACUUGGGAUUUCGGUUCGGUUUCGUUCGUCGAGGAUUUUAGAUUGUUGUUCUCCAAUUUUAAGGUUUUUUUUUCGCGGGGAGCCUUCGAUUUUCUUUGCGAUACGUGAUGGGGAGAGCAGAGGGGUUGGUUAAUUCACCAUUACCUGCUAAUCAAGCGGUGCCGAAGUGCUGUGGUGUGACGAAGCCUAUAUCGGUGGCGGGGCCUUCUGAUACUGACGUGCAAAGAAACAAGGAGCUUGAAAAGUUUCUGGUCGAUGCUGGCUUGUACGAAAGCAAAGAGGAAUCUGCCAAGAGAGAAGAGGUUCUUUCCCGGAUAGGACAGAUUGUUAAAGACUGGGUAAAGCAACUUACUCGAAUUAAAGGUUAUACGGAUCAAAUGGUGGAGGAUGCAAAUGCGGUGAUCUUCACUUUUGGCUCCUAUCGUCUUGGGGUGCAUGGACCUGGAGCUGACAUAGACACGCUCUGCGUUGGGCCAUCUUAUGUGAACAGGGAGGAUGAUUUCUUUUAUUUAUUACAUAAUAUGUUGGAAGAAAUGGAAGAAGUGUCUGAGUUGCAGCCUGUUCCUGAUGCUCAUGUCCCAGUGAUGAAAUUCAAAUUUGAUGGAAUAUCUAUUGACCUACUUUAUGCUAGUAUAUCUCGUCUGGUUGUGCCUGAAGAUUUGGAUAUCUCUGAUGUGUCUGUGCUGUAUAAUGUUGACGAGCCUACUGUUCGAAGUCUUAAUGGUUGUCGGGUUGCUGAUCAAAUUCUAAAACUUGUUCCAAAUAUUGAGAAUUUUCGAACUGCACUUAGGUGCUUGAAGUUUUGGGCCAAAAGGCGUGGUGUUUAUUCAAAUGUGACUGGGUUUCUUGGUGGCGUAAACUGGGCACUUCUUGUAGCACGAGUGUGUCAGCUUUAUCCAAAUGCAGUACCCAGUAUGCUAUUGUCUCGAUUUUUCAGAGUUUACACUCUGUGGCGUUGGCCGAACCCUGUUAUGUUGUGUGCAAUUGAGGAGGAUGAUCUUGGGUGUUCUAUAUGGGAUCCUCGUAAAAAUCCUCGCGAUAGAACUCAUCAUAUGCCCAUUAUAACACCUGCAUAUCCGUGCAUGAAUUCUAGCUACAAUGUUUCUACAAGUACGCUCCGAGUUAUGAUGGAACAGUUCCAGUUUGGGAAUAAAGUUUGUGAGGAAAUUGAGCUGAAUAAAGCGCAGUGGAGUUCUCUUUUUGAGCCAUAUUUGUUCUUUGAAAGCUACAAAAACUAUUUGCAAGUUGAUAUAGUAGCAGCUGAUGCAGACGAUCUACGCAGUUGGAAAGGAUGGGUAGAAUCUCGGCUUAGGCACUUGACAUUAUUGAUUGAGAGGAAGACAGAAGGGAAGUUACAGUGUCAUCCGUAUCCUCAUGAAUAUGUUGACACAUCCAAGCCAUGUGCCCAUUGUGCGUUUUUCAUGGGUCUGCAGAGGAAGCAGGGAGAGGUCAUUCAAGAAGGCCAGCAGUUCGAUAUACGUUCGUCAGUUGAUGAAUUCAAGCAUUAUAUAAAUACGUACAUGUUCUGGAAACCAGGAAUGGAAAUCUUUGUUUCUCAUGUUCGUAGAAGGCAGAUUCCUCCUUUUGUGCUUCCAGAAGGUCAUAGACGAUCUCGUGCUUCAAGGUUGUCCGCUUCGCAACGUUCUGAUGGGCCAAAUCAUGAAGAUAUACAUAAUUGUAGGAGUGGCAGUGGUGAAAAAUACCUUAAGAGAAAAAAUGAUCCCGCUCGAAUCGAGGGGGAGCAUGAUCAUCCCCAAAAGCGACGGUCUAUUAGUCCUAGAAAGCAGGAUUCAGUUUCAUCUAAUAUCAGUCAUUUUUCAAAUAGUUCUUCUGAGUGUCCGGAAGCUGACGUUGAAACUAAAACUAUUGACGAGAAGAAUAAUAUCACUCAGGAAAACGAAGAGUUGGCUUUUCGUGGCCCUAGUAUUGGUAGCAGUUCUUCAGGGAGAGAAUCUAGAAGUGUAGAGAGUGACAAAGGGUCUACUGCAGAGAUGUUUGAACCAGACAAAGUUCCUUGUACAGAAAUCGAUCGCAGAUGUGCAUCUAAUUCCAGUGUGGUCACUACCUUAACAAGUGAAAGCAGUUCCUGCGAGAAUGUUGGGUUCACAUCAGCAGCAGGUAGUAGUGAAGGCAAUGUUGGGAGCAUAGAAGGAAGCGCGGAUGAAUGUAACAACCCAGAAACACCGGUUGUUGAUUCGUGCGAGGCAGAUUCCGAACUUCAGUUGGAGAAUAGCUGUGUAAAUGGAGAUAGCAUGCAUAUGGAGCCAGAGCCAAAUGCUGUGCUUGAGAUGGCAUUAAAUCCUGGAGGUGGGGUUCAGUCUAAAACCAUCCAGAACCCGGUGAUAAGGUUGAGUAUGGCCUCAAUAGCUUGAGAGAGAGAGGGAUAAGUAAGAGCCCGAUCCAUCCCACCGUGAAUCAAUCCAUAUUGGCCAAACAAAACAUAAAAAUAAAGAAAAGAAGGAAGGAAGGAACGAAAGAAGGGCGGUUGGCCGAAGAAAACAUAAAAAUAAAGAAAAGAAGGAACGAACGAAAGAAAGACGGUCCAUUCGGGGUAAGUAAGUGUUAUUUGGUGUGUCAUUCUCUAGUCUUUUUGCAAGUGCCCACAUUCUUUAUACCUACAAAUGCACCACCAGAUAAAUUAGUAUUCACAAAGUAAAAAAAAGAAGAAAAAAAGUCCUUUGUGUACACUGAUAUGAUAAUAGUUGCUUGCACUUAACGAUGACUUCAUAACAAACAACCGUUGUUCUUCAAGAGCCUCAUCAAAGGCAGGCAGGCAGGCAGGUCUGCCUGCUUGUUGGGGUUCUCGCUAAUAUGCAUUGGUUUUGGCUGGUGAGUUGAGUGCUACCUCUUCAUCAUCAUCAUCCCCACCUCUUUAGUCAUCUGUUAUAUAUCCAUCAACCCUUUUGUUAAUUAUGGUGGGGGGAAGAGAAGAGAGAGAGGUGUCGUGUGUUUCUGCCUUUUUCUUUGUUUCUUUUUUGAUCUCUGUUAGGAGUAAAUUGGGAUUGAGUUUUUAGAUUUAUGAUCAAACUACUCUUGGCUUUGGUGCUUCUUCACCAUUGAUUGUAAUCUACCAGCUAUUUGUGUUAAUAUAGAAACUAUUGAUUGUAA